UGCUUCUUCAAAAUGGAGGUGGCAAGUGUAACAGAGUUUCUCAGGGGAAAGACUAUAUUGGUCACCGGUGCAACUGGCUUUUUAGCAAAAGUAUUUGUGGAGAAGUUAUUAAGGAUUCAAUCAGAUUUGAAGAAACUGUAUCUUCUUCUCAGAGCUUCUGACUCUGAGGCAGCCACACAGCGCAUGCACGAUGAGAUUAUAAGGAAGGAGCUGUUUAGAGUUUUACGAGAAAAAUGGGGUGCAGAUUUUGAAUCUCUGAUGGCAGAGAAGGUAGUUGCUGUUGCAGGAGACGUUUCUGUUGCAAAUUUGGGGAUUAAAAAUGCAAAUCUUGAAAAGAUGUGGGAAGAAAUAGACGUCAUUGCCAACUUUGCCGCUAAUACCAACUUUGAUGAAAGGUAUGACAUCGCUAUGGAGAUUAACACGAUGGGGGCUUUACAUGUGUUAAACUUCGCCAAGAGUUGCCGUAGGAUCCAAGUUUUUCUUCACCUAUCAACAGCUUACAUUUGUGGAGAGCCUCGGGAAGGAGAACUGAUUAAGGAGGAACCUUUACGGAUGGGUCAAACCCUAAACGACGCCUCAAAAGUCUUAGAUAUUUACGCAGAAAAGACAUUGAUUCAAAAAACAAUUGAACAACUCAGAUCACAAUAUACUGACAACGACAUGGCUAUUACGUCUGCAAUGAAAGAUUUCGGAAUUAAGAGAGCAAACUUGUAUGGAUGGCCAAACACUUACGUAUUCACAAAAGCAAUGGGAGAGAUGUUGGUGUCGAAUUUUAAAAAUGAGAUUCCAUUAGUUAUCAUACGCCCUACCAUGGUCACAAGUACCUACAAGGAACCUUUUCCUGGUUGGGUUGAAGGUGUGAGAACACUUGAUGCUGUAAUUGGUGGCUACGGUAAAGGAAAAGUAGAAUGCUUUCUCGGGGAUCCCCAGACUAUUUUAGAUGUGAUACCAGCGGAUAUGGUGAUAAACUGUAUGCUGUCGGCAAUGGCUAUUCAGUCAUCACACAAAUAUAUAUACCAUGUCAGUUCGUCAUUAAGAAAUUCUCUCACAAUUUCUUGUGUCCGUCAUCUUUCUUACCUUUAUUUCAAAAACAAACCCUUGACUGAUUACAAAAGUGGAAAGCCAAUAAUCAUAUCCAAGGCAUUGUUUUUAUCAACUAUGGCUGGUUUCCAUGCUCACAUGACGACCCGGUAUGUUCUUCCCCUCAAGGUAUUAUAUGCGGUGAACCAAGUGUUUUGCCAGAUCUUCCGAGAUGUUUAUAAUCGAAAUGAUAGAAAAGUCAAGACGGUGAUACGAAUGGCCCAACUCUACAAACCCUAUGUAUUUUUCAAGGCACUGUUUGAUGAUAGGCACACUGAAGAAUUACGAGAAAGAUCAUCAAAGAUUCUAAAGGAUGUUGGAUUUGAUUUGGGGUUUGAUCCCAAUAGCAUAGAUUGGAGAGACUAUUUGCUGAAUGUCCACUUUCCUGGCCUCGUCAACUACGCAAUUAAUUCAUCUCCCAGGUUGCCCAAAUACUGAUGAAGCUGAGGGGAAACAAACCAAUCAAUGAUAUAAAUAUAUAUAUAUAUAUAUAUAAGUAUUAUUAAAUAAUGAUAGGAAUCCCAGAAGUGUGUUUUACGUAUAACUCGUUCAAUCGCUUCGACUUACAUGAUCAAUAAGCGAGUCGCUCCGACGAGUCUAAGUCGCUGGCGUUUCAGUGAGCGAGUUCACCGGAUUUUCAUGCAGAGAAACGCAAACUCGGCCACCAACCGAGUCGACUCGCGCUUUAAAUGACUCCCCCACAGUAGCCUGCCGCCCGUACAGGAACGGUAUAUUUUCAGUUUAAUCUUUCAUGAAUUUCAUUUUUAAUCGUUAGAAUCUUGGCGUUAUUUAAGUUUAUUUU